AUGGCCAGUACGUCGUCGGCACCGCUCAAGAGCUUGGAGCUCGUGCUGGCGACGAAUGAGUCGAUCACCAUUGAGCUGGAUCCAUUGCCGCCGCCCGAAGAACUGGAGGUCGUGAUGGAAAUGCUCGCGGAAGAAAAGCCGCCGGCUCACUUCUGGACAGCGCUUGCGUCGCGAUGCUGGAACGAAGGCCGUCGUGCCGAAGCGGAACUGAUCGUGGCACGCGGCUGUAGUAUCCUUCCAGUGCACCGACCUGAAGAAAGUAUCGCUGUGUUUGCCUUGCAAGCGGCGUUUGCGCUGGCCGACGCACGUACCGCGCCGAAGCAGGUGAUGGAAGAAGCACGGUACCAACCGCUGCACGAGAAGCAGGCCAAGCAGCACUACUUCCGUCAGGCGUCUGAGGCGCUGGGACGUGCACAGAGCCUCAAUCCACAGCACCCUAUGAUGAUUCAGGCGCGUGCUGUGUUUGCGCUCAACACGGGUGACAAUGCGUUGGCGUCGCGCCUGUUUGACGUGCUGCUCUCCCGCACGCCGACGCACCCGGUAGCCCUGCUGGGACGCGCAUGCACACAGCUGCGAGCACGGCACUACACGGCCGCGCUACAGACCUACCAGCAAGUCCUGCGUCAGGUCCUGCGUCGACAUCAACUCGCCGAGAAGCACAACGAUCCCUCACUACGUUGGCGUGGCCCGGAUCCUCGCAUCGGUAUGGGCUUGUGUCUAUGGGGCCUGGGCCGCCACGAGGCGGCCCGUCGUGCAUGGCAGCGUGCGGCAGCGUGGGACGAGCAGGCCUCGGCGCCUCGGUUGCUGCUGGGUCUGUCGCUCUUGGACGUCGCGAAGGAGGCCAGCCCGCUGCCCACAGGCUGGUACGGCGCGCAUACACAGCGCCCAGAAGACGAGGCACGCCGCGCCGCCUACGCCGACGGCAUAGUGCAUUUGCAAGCGGCCUGGCAGCGCGAUAAGACGUGUGCCAUGGCCGCCGUGGCCUUGGCCUCGCACAUUGCAUCCCAGGCGGCACAUGCGUUGGCCCCUGCGAUGCCCGCGGCGCACGAUAUGACCACGCCCAUGACGCCGCUUACGCCAGAGAAGGCGGACCACAUCGAGCCUAUUUUGCAGCGUGCACUCAAGCUGAGUGAGCAUGCUGUGCAGUACGCGGAUGCGCGCUCGGUGGUGGUGCAUGCCUGGCUGCAGUAUGCGUACGCUUUGCAAUUGGCCUCGCAUAUGCCGAAGCACAGCGCGGACCAUGCCUUGCGUCAAACGUCGCAGCGCUACUAUGGCCAAGCCUUGGAGAUUCUCGCGCGUACGACGCAGGGCGAAGAGCAUAUGGUGCACCCGCUAGCGCACGGCCAUGCGUUGGCCGCGCUGGGCUUGGCGCAGUGGCAGGCGACGACGGGCGAUACGCAAGGUGCGGUCAAGACGUUGGAAUCGGUGUUGUCGCGCCCGGCCGGCUCGGCUGCGUACGUGAGUGAGUUGGCGUUGAUGGCUGGUUUGUUGCUUGCGACGCCUGCGCCCGGCGCGCCGCCCGCGGAAGCGGCGGCAGAUCGACGACGUGCACGCCACUGGCUUGAUCGGACGAUGCGCGUCGCCGUCGAAGCACAUACGCUUCUUACGCAGCCUGGCGCUGUGGAAGGCAGUACCCUGGAGGCGGAGAAGUUGGCACCGCUGGCAUGGCAAGCGCUUGCGCGCCUCGGUGAGGAUGCGCGUGUACGUGCUCUGCUAGCGCAGCUGUGGGCCAAGUCGGCGCAUGGCCGUGCGAUUGAGCAGUACGAAGCCGCGCUGCAAACGCAGCCGCAAGGGGCGCUGCAGUACGCCUUGGAACUGAAUAUCGGGGCGUUGCUGGCGCACGAGUCCGAUACACAUGCGCUGCACAAGGCGCUCACGCACUUGCAAGCAGCGCUGCAAGCGCCAGACGACCAGGACGAGGCGUCCGUGGCCGUCAAGGUCUUGGCAAACUACAAUAUGGGCCGCACGUUUGAGGCGCUGGGCCAAACGGAGCAGGCGCGUGAGGCGUACCAUGCCCUGCUGGCCGCGCACCCCGAGUACGUCGACGCGCGCGUGCGCCUCGCGAUCAUGGCCGCGCAGACCCCCCAGCAUGUGGACGUCACCGAGCACGGCGUCACUCGCUCUGCACGUGACACGGCGAACGCCAAGUUCAAGGAAGCGCUGUCGAGCGAUCCGGGCGAUCUGAGUGUGCGUGCCGAGUACAUGCGGUUCCUUGCGGGGGCGUACCCGGCGAACCGCCAGGCAGCAUGGGGCGCGCUGAAAGACACUGCCGCUCAGCUGUUCUUGGGCGCCGAGGCGGGGAAAAGCGUGUUUGGCAGUGCGAGUGUCGCACGCCGCGUAGCCGACGAGGCACGGCAGGAUGCCUACAUUCUUGGCACGCUGGGCUGGGCGUACUAUCAGCUUGGACUGCAUACACCCGCCGGUCCGCAACAGCGCGCAGAGCGAACCAAGAGCAUGGUCCGUGCAGCGGAUCUGUUCGACAAGGCCCUCGCUGCGCACCACCAAAACGUCUUUGCAGCGCAAGGCCUGGCGAUCUUGCUGGCCGACGAUGCGCUGGGCGAUCCGACGGCGGCGCCGGACGUGAUCGAGACGCGCCGCAAGCAGGCGGCCGAGGACGCGGCUGCGCUGUUUGGCAAGCUGCGUGACGUACGUGAUGACGCCAGUGUGUAUGUCUGCCAAGGCCAUGCAUUUAUGAUCUGUGGUGCAUUGGAACGCGCCGCACACGUCUACGAAUUGGCGCUCACACGGUUCGGGCACGCACGCGAUCCAACAGUGCUGCAGUACUCGGCGCGCGCGCUCUAUGCCCUCGGUUUGCGGGACAAGCAGUUUGCACAGCUGCAACAAGCUAUGGCGCAGUUGAGCGAGGCGCAGGACGUGCUAGAAGCACGCGCGCAGACCGCGGGACCCCAAAGCUCCGCUGCGGCGGAGGCCAAGCAGGUGGCAUACAACCGCGCUGUGAUGGCGCAGAAAGCACUGCAGAUGCUCUACGAUCUCCCUGUGAAACAGCGCGUAUCAGAGGAGCUCGCCGAGGCCAUUGGAUGGGUCGAGGCUGCCCAGCGCAUACUCCCUGGCCUCAGGGAGGCCGCGCAGCAAGGUCAGCUCUUGUACAUCACAGCCGAUGUGGUGGAGCAACGUGCUAAGUACGCGGACAUGUCGCUCUUGCGGCAGGCCUCGCAGCACUUGGACGAAGUACGUGCGUACGAGACAGAGCAGCGUGAGCACCUUGCGCGCCUCGAUGAAAAGCAGAAGGAGAAGGAGGCACACCUCGCGCAGCUCCGUCGUGAGAAAGAGGAAGAGCACCGUCGCCGGGCCGAGGCGUUGGCCGAGUCGCGUCGUCGGGCGCGAGAAGAGGCGAGUCAGAUUGAGUACCUUCGCGAACCCUCGCCGGAGCCACGGAAACGUAGUGCAGGCGGCGGCGGCGGCGGCGGCUCACGCAAGAAGAAGGCUGCGCCGGCGGAGGACGACUUUGUGGCGCGCGACGACGAGGCCCUCUUUGAAGAGAGCAGCGACGAGGACGACGACCAGGAAGCACCGGUGCCCAUGGACGAGGAAGCGGACGAGGAAGGGGAGACGCAGCCAGCGGCCGGGCCAGAGGACGAUAUGGGCGCUUCGUCGGGCGACGAAGCGUCGUCGGCGCCAGCGCCCAACUCGAUGCGGGCUCGGCUGGAGGCGCUAGCGCGCGAACGCAAGCAGCGCCAAGCGAACCAGAACGGCUCGGAGGAGUCGUCGUCAAGUACAAAGAAACGCCAUGGCGACAAGGCCAGUCGACGUGCCUCGAAAAAGGCCAAAGUCGUAGAGGAAUAA